AGUGGUUUUAAGACUGUCAUUCAUCAACUAUUAUUUUUUUUGAACUGUGCAGUCUUCACACAAUAUAUAGGCUGCAUGACCUUAAUAAUUAACUGUUUACCUAAACUUAAGAGGUGGACACAUCACCAUCCUGUAACUCUUUAUAGCACAGUUGACUCACAUUGGGUGUGGGACAAGGCAUUCAAUCUUAUACCUAAAGCCAUAAUCCUGUCUCUCUCUACUUCUCAUCCUGAUGAAUUGUGCCCAUCCUCACAUUAAAAUCUAGGAUUGCUGGUGGAUACUAUGCUCUCACUUCUCACAUCUAUUAUACACUAAGGGCUGCCACAAUUCCAUAAAAAUCCUUACCAAUGCCACUGAGAGUUUCUUCUUCUGGGAUCUCACCAUCUCUUUCCUAAACUAUGGGACUAUAACUCUAAGUGAAUUUCUUGUCUUCCAUUCUUAUUGUUCUCUCUGUACUCCUGCAUGUCUACCCUGAAUCCUAAAAGUGCCAGUUGUAUUUCAUCACAUGAAACUAAUGGCAUCACAGCUUUGCCUUAAGCCAUAGCAUUGCAUACCAGACAAAAUUUAGGACAUAUUUGGGUGGCCCUGGAGCCUUGAAUCUGGCCAUCAUUCCUGUUUCUAGACGGAAUUUUGGCUAUUUAUUCUGUUACCACUGACACUGUGCUGUGGAAAUUCUAAAACCAGGGGAUUUCUUCUCUUGAACACAAGUUGCUAACUUCUACACAGAAAAAUCUGAGCCUCCAUCUGGAUACAUUAUGAGAGUACUGCAAACUAUCUAGGUCUUUGUAAAUUGAAGUUAUUUUUAUUUCUUACAAUUAAUAAUCAUUAUGAUUCGAGCUUUUAUACUUCAAUGUGGCACUUAAACCUCUUGUAACAACAACACAUUUCAGCUUUUAUGCUGUUCAUAAACAUGACUAAAUCAUACUCUUGGACCAUUGUUCUUUUUCAGUAUUCAUGUUCACUUAUUUGCAUCUCUGGGAAAUUGAAUGAAGCAUUCCAGUUGUGUUUCUUUUCAUAUUUUCCCCCUUUCUUUGUAAUUUUCAAAUAAGAGCACCAUUCUUCUCUGGCAGUCAAUCCUAUAUUCUUCGAAAGAUGCUAUUAUUUUCUUGACUGAUAGUUCAUUAAUGAGUACAAUUACCAUCUGCCACAUUGCUUCUUAAAUUAUCCAUAAUUGCAUGUAUAUUAAUUAUCAAUUGUGGAUAUUAAACUUUGCUAAAGACACCCUCUCCUUUAUUAAAACUGGUUGAAUUCCAAGUGUAUUUUCAUAGCAUUUAGAUUUCUUGAGCUCCUUUGUAUUCUUGCAUUAUAAGACUGUAACACUAAUGUAAAAUGCCACACUGUGUCCCUUGACUGCUGUUUCUCUCUACUUUGUACAUAGACUGAUGUGCUUAAUCCUCAUUGAUCUCUCAGAUGGCCUAGUUUUUUGAAGGACAAAAAGAAAUAGUAUCUGGUUUUCUGGGUAUGAUUUUUAAAACACAAAGACAAAAGGAAGUCAUUUGGACGUAUUUUAAAGAGAAAUGAAUAUGGCCUAGAUUCCAAGCUAAUGGAUUCAAGGAACAUUUGAAGGCUUUUAGCAUCUACCACACUUUAAAGUUCCUUGAGGAUAAAGCAUACACACACUAUAAAGUAAGUAUCUCUUUCAACUUUAUUAAAUAUUUUAGUUGUCCUGUUAACACUGUUAAAAUAUGUGUGUGUAUGUGUGUGAGUAAAAAUCUUAUAUACAAUCAAUAGAAUUACCUAAGGAAUAACAAUGGUGUUUUUCUUUCCUAUGACUCAAUUCUUUCCAAUUAAUCUUAAUUCACCCAUAUUUCCCUGAUACAUUUUUCUCCAUUUUUACUUUAAAAUGCAUAAAUGGAUAAAAAAAAAAUACUGUGGCCUUAAUUUGUUCCAUCCAGAAUCUGAGAUUUAGAUGUAGCCUGUUUGUCAUAUCUGCAGAAAUAAUAUAAUGAAAUCCCACAUAUUUGAAUUUCAGAGCUGGAAAGUGCCUCAGCCUGAAACUUACCCCUAUGUGUUUUAUAGGAAAACACUAAAACCAAGGAAGAUUAUGUCACCAGCCAGACUGACUGUUGGCAAGUAGGGAACAGCAACCAGAUCCUCACAGUUCUCGCAACCACGUUUAAUAGAUCACACAUUCUCGCAAGUCACAGUCUUCAGUACUGUUCCUUGAUACAACACAAAGUGGAAAUAGAGUUAACCAAGUCUGAUGUAGGGCUGAGAAUCUCCAAAGGAGAAGGGAAACCCUGGGCUCUCGAAGGGAAAGCCAGAAACAAGGAAUUCUCCAACACAAGUUUCUGUUAGGGUGUAAGGGUGUGAGGUGCCUAGACGCGACAUUCACACAGGCAGUAGCUGUUGGUCUUUGGCUGUGUUUUAAAGUGAUGACACUGAUUUUAAGUUGCUGUGUGAACAAGCAAUCUCCUGCUCGCACUGCAUGAUCAUCUUGGAAAUAACUCACAGACUGUUUUUAUGCCCUCCUGAAGGCACUCUGGUCUUGCCCAGAGAAAUCUGUAUAAAUUGAGUUUGGCGUUUGGAAUGUGCACUUUGGCAGAACCCCAUUUAGAGGCUUUUGACUUUGCUAUGAAUGAUAAAGAGAAACUGAUUGUACACAAAACCCAGAGGAAACGACUCUGUUCACGGUGGUCACAGUACGGUGGGGCUGGAAAAGCUCCCCAUCUCCUGUCCUCCAACCUCUGCUUUGAGCACUACGAACCAAGCCCUAGCAAGAAUAUUUUGUUUGUCCAGCCAAGUGUCCUAGAAGGGAGGAAAAAGAAGGCAAAGCACUUGCCAUGAGGGUGGGGGGAAGGAGCUUUCCAGAUCUGCCUGGUGAUUAGAGCUGGGCUGUUGAUCUCUUUUCAUGCUGUAGAUGUGGCUGGCUGCAGUCACGCCUCCCGCUGCCAGCCCGGCUCGGGAUCCUAAUCAGUCACUAUGAAAACUCAUUAGCUCCACAGCAAUGAGUGCUCCACUGCUGAAGCUUGGCGCUGUGCUCAGUACGAUGGCAAUGAUCUCAAACUGGAUGUCCCAAACUCUCCCAUCCCUGGUAGGACUGAACACCACGAGGCUGUCGGCUCCAGAUACUUUAACUCAGAUUAGCCCCAAAGAAGGGUGGCAAGUGUACAGCUCAGCGCAGGACCCUGAUGGGCGAUGCAUUUGUACAGUGGUGGCUCCAGAACAAAACCUGUGUUCCCGGGAUGCUAAAAGCAGGCAGCUCCGCCAGCUGUUGGAAAAGGUACAGAAUAUGUCCCAGUCUAUAGAAGUCUUAAACUUGAGAACUCAGAGAGAUUUCCAGUAUGUCUUAAAAAUGGAAACCCAAAUGAAAGGGCUGAAGGCCAAGUUUCGGCAGAUUGAAGAUGAUCGGAAGACACUAAUGACCAAGCAUUUUCAGGAAUUGAAAGAGAAAAUGGAUGAGCUACUGCCCCUGAUCCCAGUUUUGGAGCAGUACAAAACAGACGCAAAGCUCAUCACACAGUUCAAGGAGGAAAUUCGGAACCUGUCCUCAGUCCUCACUGGGAUUCAGGAGGAAAUCGGUGCCUAUGACUAUGAAGAGCUGCACCAACGGGUCCUCAGUUUGGAAACCAGGCUGCGGGACUGCAUGAAAAAGCUAACAUGUGGCAAAUUGAUGAAAAUCACAGGCCCCAUCACAGUCAAGACAUCUGGAACUCGAUUUGGUGCUUGGAUGACGGAUCCCUUAGCAUCUGAAAAACAUAACAGAGUCUGGUAUAUGGACAGUUACACUAACAACAAAAUAGUCCGUGAAUACAAGUCCAUUGCAGACUUUGUCAGUGGAGCUGAAUCAAGAACAUACAAUCUCCCUUUCAAGUGGGCAGGAACUAACCAUGUUGUCUACAAUGGCUCACUCUAUUUUAACAAGUAUCAGAGUAAUAUCAUCAUCAAGUACAGCUUUGAUUUAGGGAGAGUGCUAGCCCAAAGAAGCCUGGAGUAUGCUGGCUUUCACAAUGUAUAUCCCUACACAUGGGGUGGAUUCUCUGACAUCGACCUAAUGGCUGAUGAAAUUGGGCUCUGGGCUGUGUAUGCAACUAACCAAAAUGCAGGCAAUAUUGUCAUCAGCCAGCUUAAUCAAGAUACCUUGGAGGUGAUGAAGAGCUGGAGCACCGGCUAUCCCAAGAGAAGUGCAGGGGAAUCCUUCAUGAUCUGUGGGACUCUGUAUGUCACAAACUCCCACUUAACUGGAGCCAAAGUGUAUUAUUCCUAUUCCACAAAAACUUCCACAUAUGAGUACACGGACAUCCCCUUCCAUAACCAAUACUUUCAUAUAUCCAUGCUUGACUACAAUGCAAGAGAUAGAGCUCUUUAUGCCUGGAACAAUGGCCACCAGGUCCUGUUCAAUGUCACCCUGUUCCACAUCAUUAAGACUGAAGAUGACACAUAGGCAAAGGUCAUUUGUUUUUAUCUAUCUUCACUCUCAUUUAUGAUAAACUCUAUAGGAAUCUGUGUUUAUUUUUUUCUCCUUGAUUGACUUGUCAUCGUUUCUCCAAAGUGAAGUAUUUUAUUGUAUAUUUGGAGUUUUAAAAAGUAUUUGUCUAAAUUAAUGUGUUGGAAACACAUGUUAACUGCUAAAUUUACAGGGCCCAUCCUGCCUUGUCAUGCAAAGCACUAAAAAGAGUUUAAGUGGCUAGAGUCUUAGUUUUGCAAAAGAUUAAUGAUCUGCCUUGUAUUAGAACCAGACUAAUGGUGGCUUAAAUGCAUGAAUGUCUUCUUUUUUGAACUGUCAUUUUUUACUGUCUCUUGCUCUACAUUAAGAAAUAUUUUCAUAGGAAUUAAGGUAAAAGAAAAGCACUUUCUCCCAUUUAUUUCUACAAAAAGAUGUAAAGAUUUUAUUUAUAUGGAAAAUACUAUCAAUCAUGUUGCUGUUACCACAUUCUCUGAUGCGGUGCUGUGAAGUCAUUUCGAAAUCUCUUGCUGACAUUUUCUUGGCAAUAUGUAUUUUUAUCAUUGUAACCACCAUCAUACAAUUGUAUUUCUUCACUUCUGUGACAGUCGUAUUUUUUAUAAAGUGCACUAAAAUUUAAUCUCAGUAAUUGUUCAAGACAAUUUGCAACUGUGGUCAAGAAAGAUCUUCUUGGCUUACCCCUUCACAUAAGCACUAUAAACUUAAAAAAAAAAAUCAAACCAGGGAUCCUAUACAGUAUCUUUGUUUUAUCCUAAAUUCAUUCUACCAUUGGCUCUGAAUUUGAACACCAAUUCAAUGUAGUAAUACUCUGUUUCCUGGAACAAUCCCACAUAAUUGUUCAUAAAAUAUGUAGCUGUGUUACAAAGUCUAUAUUUGAUUCUAUUCAUUUAUCAUAUUAGUGUUAUUAUGUCACAUACAUAUUAGUAUUUUAACCUAUUUUACAUGUAACUUUCAAUAAUGCCAUUUCUUAUAUAAUAUGAAGCACAUGAAGAGUAUUAAGGAAAGAAAAAAUGUGUAUUUUUUUUCUAUAUUAAAAUUAUGAACCAUAAAGAGUUAAUGGCAGGCUUGUACAAAAGAAAAUGAUGAAAAGAAUUGGGAGUUGUCUUAGUUUCAAAUGUAUUAAUAACCAAUUCAGAAAUUGAAAUAAGAAGGCAAUCUCCAGAUACCUUGCAUAACAGUGGGUUCAAAAUUAAGGAAUAUAAAAAACAAAACUUUGAUAUUUAUGUUACUAACUCUACAGAACCUAAAAUCAAAUAUUGAACAUGCCAAUGAGUUUAGAAGUACUUUCCAUAUGCUAAAAAGAUUUCUCCAGGGCAGCUUUAUUAAAAUUAAUGAGGUUGUAUUUUAGAUUUUUAAAUAUAUAUACUAAAAUAAAUAAUAUAUAACUGAAAGUAUAAAUUUUUGUGUCAUACAUAUAUAAUACCAUUUUUAAAAUAAGCAUAUGAUAAUGCAGACAAAGCACUCUAUAAAAAGAUAUUAAUAUUUAGAGUAAUUCAUUUUAAAUUCUGCAAGUGAAGAGUUAUUCUCAAAUAUCCCAUCAAAAUUGGAGAAUCUAAUUACUUACUCUUGAAACUCAAGGUUGAAUAAGUAGUUACUUUUUGUUAACAAAACAUAAGUAUGAUCUCAUGGGCACCCUGUGUUUUUUUUAAUACUAGUGACUUCUCUUCCCAAACAUUUUUUUUAAGUUCCCAUCUACAAAUAAGAGUUGGAAAAUUUAGGAGAUUCAUUUGUCAUACUACACAUAUCACAAAAAUAAGCAGUUCAUACUUUAUAUAGCAAUUUGUAUAAGAUUAAAAAAAUCAUGUCAGUUUUAGAAAUGAAUCAAUUUUUAGGUAGACAGACUAAUAGGAAACAUUCUUUUCAUGUUAUGUGGUAUCACAAACAUUUAAAAUAUGGAUGAUCAUGGCUUAUUUGUGAGGCGCGCAUCUUGUACAGAGCCUUGUUGUUUUCUGUGUACGAUGUCAUCAUCUAUCCAAUAUAUAGUGUAUGUGCUGCUAGAGUAAGCUAAGAUUUUAUUGUUACUAGAAGUGGGGUAACAUGAGCUUAAAAUAUGACUUGCAUUAAAUAUUUACAGUUUAUGAGCAUUUCCUUAAUAAAUUAUGUUCAGUUUUGUGCCUGAAAUAAAUAAGAACUUAAUCACUGUUUCCUUUUUAAUCUCCAGCAAAUAAAGUAAUUUUAUGAGGAAAAUAAUCGAUAUUUUAAAAUCAUCCAUAGAAUGAAUCCAAGCAGUGCAGAAAUAUAAAGUCAGAAAAUCUUCAUCUAAAGUGAACAAUGAAACUGGUAUUUUCUAAAUUAACCAAUCAUUAAAGUACUCAGUGUUAUUCAAA